AUGCUGGGCAAUCUUGACUUGUGUCGUGGGGUUUCAGCCUGCGCUCGCCUGUCUCGUGCCUGCAACUGUCGAUCCUACCAUUGUCUGCAUCUGAAAGAAUCGACGACGUGCAGCGUGCAAGCACAAGAAAUUUUCCGCAGCUUCAUCUCGGCUGCUCCACCGCUGUUUGUUCGUGCUCGGACGGUGCAUCGAUUCCAUUUGACGAUCCUGCAUCGCCCCACCGAUGUACCUGCUUUCAAAGGUUGCGUGCUCCAUUGUCGGAAUUGGCGUUAUGAGUUCCCCACGUCGGAUGCCGGUCUUUUUCAUUCCCCUCACUGCACCGGCUAUCCAACACCGCAGCUUGUUGAAUGCCGACACAUGCGACUGUCGAGACCGCGAAAUGUAGAGCGCGAUCGUGGUCACAACAGCCAUGUCUCUUCAUAG